CCCGGUUGUUCUCGCGAGACCGGACUCUCGGGGCGCCCGCGCGCUGCUGACGGUUGCUGGCUGAGGCGAGCGGCACGGGAAGGAGACGGCGGGGACGGGAAGCCGGUAAAAGAGAGCAUAAUGGGAGACGAUCGCCCUUUUGUGUGCAGCGCUCCUGGCUGCGGACAGCGAUUUACAAAUGAAGACCACUUGGCUGUCCAUAAACACAAGCAUGAGAUGACAUUAAAAUUUGGACCUCCAAGAACUGAUUCUGUAAUAAUUGCAGAUCAGACCCCCACUCCAACUCGCUUCUUGAAGAACUGUGAGGAAGUAGGUCUUUUUAACGAGAUAGCUAGUUCUUUUGAACAUGACUUCAAGAAAGUGGCAGAUGAUGAAGAUGACAAGAAGAGUGCAGGACCACUGGACAUGUCUCUUCCUUCAACUCCCGACAUAAAAAUCAAAGAGGAAGAGACAGUGGACGUGGACUCUUCUCCUCCAGACAGUCCAAGAUCAUACACAGAAGAGAAGGUACCACUGAAACCCCAGGUCAGCUCUACUCCCACUCCGACUAUUGUACGGCCUGGCUCACUGCCCCUUCAUCUGGGCUACGACCCGCUACACCCUACUUUGCCUUCCCCUACAUCUGUCAUCACACAAGCCCCACCGUCCAACAGACAGCUAGGUUCUCCUAGCAAUUCUGUUCCCCUCAUGAUGCAGCUUGGUAAUGGACAGGCUGUACCCUUCCUUCCUGGACCCCAUGUACAGAUGCCUUCUGUUAUAUCGCUGGCAAGACCAAUGUCAUUGGUUCCCAAUGUCCCUGGGAUUCCUGGUCCUCCAGUAAUCAGUGGCGGGGGACAUAUUUCUCCUUCAGGGCUUUCUGCUCAUUCAGAAGCCAAGAUGAGACUUAAAGCAUCCCUUACACAGCAGGUGCCCUCUUCUCUGAAUGGAGGAAUGGCUAUGGUAACAUCACGGCCUGAACAUAGUCAGAUUCUCGUCCAGCAUCCUGAUGCACCCUCCCCUGCUCAGCCUCAAGUGUCUCCUGCACAACCCACUCCAAGUACAGGAGGUAGAAGACGCAGAGCAACAGAUGAGGACCCAGAUGAGCGCCGGCAGCGCUUUUUAGAGCGGAAUAGAGCAGCUGCGUCCCGUUGCCGACAAAAGCGGAAGGUCUGGGUGUGUUCAUUAGAGAAGAAAGCAGAGGAGCUGACUAGUCAAAAUGUGCAGCUUAGUAAUGAAGUUACCCUUUUGCGGAAUGAGGUUGCUCAAUUAAAGCAACUGCUGCUGGCACAUAAGGACUGUCCUGUGACUGCACUGCAAAAAAAGAGCCAGGUAUAUCUUGGUGAGUGCUACAAACGGAGAGAAAACCUGAAGGACAGUUGUGAUGUGACUGGUUCUCCUGGUCCAGUCAGCCAGCACAGUUCAUUAUCUGCUGCCUCUCCUAAUGGUCUUCGCUCACCGGCAGAACACAUGGCCACCUCGGUGCUCACACAGAUGGCCAGCCAACGGACAGAUGGCCACAGUCAACUUCUACAGUCACACGUCAUCAUGUCACCACAGUCUCAGGCAGCCAGCAGAUGAUGUAACCAGGUCAUUUGACCUAGAACUAACCAAUGGGAUGCCUCAGCCCCAGAGACUGAGCAGAAUAACUAAGCCCCAGUACAAAAGGGGUGGAUAUGGAUUUAAAAUAUAUAUACACACAUAUAUAUUUGUUUUUAAAGUCGAGUAGAAGGGUGGUUAAAGAGCUUUUUACUACAGUUACAUACACACACGCCAAUCAAAUCACUAAGUUGGAUCCAAAAGUUCAGAGAUUUAAUACGUACACAAAUGAACAGUAAGGGCUUCAAGCACUAACAAACUUUCAUGAACUCAUACUGUAACACACACCAUGUGGCCUACACAGAUUGUGAUCGAGGUUUACUUGAGGAGAUAGGGCAUCUGCACCCAGUUAACCCAUUUCUGCGCCAGCAGGGCGGGAUUGUCCUAGGUGCUCCUUUUUUGAGUACUAUCCCUUCCUAAUCAGGUUCAUUAAUAUGUUAUUACUGAAACACAUCUCAUGUUAUAUUUACUUUAGAUUGUUUGGGGAAAAGGACAUGCCAUCCAUCCAUUUACCUGUCCAUGGCAUUUCAGCAUUGCGGCCUUUCUUGCUUUGACCUUUUAAUCUGUGUCAGUGAGCUUGUGGAUAAAUGUUCUAACCUCGGAGAGUGGCCAGGUGCUGGGGGAUGCAUGACACAUCAGAGAGGAAUAUGCAGGAGAUCCCUCCACCAAUGCAAGAAUUUGAGGACGAACUACAUGUUCAGUACAGUUUAGUGACAAAGCAGCAGCACUCAGAUGUUUUACAGAAAUAACAGGGCUUUACUUUGCAGAUUUCAGGAGCAGCCCAGCGAUCAACGUGGCAACAAUAUACAGCUUAUCAUAACUCUUGCAGGAUAAUUCAGUCUUCCAUCAAAUGUUUCACAUGCCACUGACCUGUUUGCUGCUUAAACCUUGAGAUUGUAUCCUUCAGUCUUUUUCAAACACUAAAUAUAACCAGCGAUGUAACCUCCUUGAAGCCUUUGCUCACUGUCUUCCAGCAUACACCUAUAAUGAACGGGUGACUGUUGACCUAAGGUCAUUUUAGAUCAGAUCCGAGAACUCACUCUUACUUGAGUUAAGGAGGCAGCUGUUUUGGAAUCCGGAAUAUUGAGCUGCUUUCUGAUCAAGUUGGAAGAUUCAUGUUGAAUAUAAUGGGUGAGACUUAUUCAUGCACCCUGGAAAUGAGGUAUCCAUGUGGCAUUAACUGUUAUCAUCUUGCCCAGGGAAACAGCCAGAAGAGGCUUAUCUAUUUGACAAAGGCCUGAGUUUAUGUGCAUCAUAUUACUCGAGAUUUAAAGGAUCAUGAAUAGAGUUUGAUCCAAGGGGCUCAAGUAUUGAUUCUUAUGUGAAUUACUUUGGUUCUAUUUGCUUUCUUCUAUAUCAGGUAUUUCCUAUGCACUGAGAGAUACUUUAGUGAUUUUUCUCUUUCUCUCUAGUCCUCAUACCUAACAGUGGUAUGGGAUGGUUUGUGAAUCCUAUUUUUUCUGCCUCUUCACUGUGGUCAAACAAUAUGCUUUUAUAGAGCAUUGCAAGAUACAUUUGUGAAUGUUUGCAAACCUGUAUUAGCCAAUACAUCCUCCCCACUAUUUCCUUAAUUAUAAGGUUUACAAUAUAUUAUGGAUUUUAACUUUGAGAAUGUACCCAGUGCUGUAACAAAAGACCUUCUCAUAAAGCUCUUGUGGUCUUGGCAUAACUGAAUGCAGGGCAAAUGGCUUCCUAAAAGGGACACAACUACCAUAAGAAUAGAUUAUUGAAACUGGCACAGUCAAGUGUUAGAAAUCUUAAAACGCACUACAAAUCUUAACUUGUUAUUUUAGGUUUGUAGAUAAGGUAGGUUGGAGAAUUUUAAUAUUACCACCCUCCUGCAAAAAGUUACCCAUGUUUUAACCAAUUGUUAACUAGAUAAUUAAUACAUACAGCAGAUUUAUUUUCAAAGGAAAAGUGUCCUUCCCAUGUAAGUUAUUAAAUGAACAGGGUAUAUGAUUUCUAAUGCCUCAGAUCAGGGAGUUCAGUGUGAUGAACAUUUCACAUGCAGUGCAUGAAGCAUCUCUAGCAGUUAGUGGUAGAAUAGAACACAUAAUGACUAACCUGUUCCACUGCAGCUAUCAGAUUCAAUUUCACAAAAUACUUCUAAUACACUUUAAAGAGAUGUUACCUCGAGUCUGAGUUAAUACAAAAAGUAGUGUAUUUAUAUUCUUGUGCUUCUAUCCUGAAGCAAAUUAAAGGUGGACAAUAACUUGCAAAA